AUGAAGCUGCAGGGCUAUUCGGCCAACGAGAUCAUCGCGGCCAACGAGGACCUCAUCUCCGAGAUCCUCCUCCUCCUCCCCGCCCGCUCCCUCCUCCGUUUCAAGUGCGUCUCCAAGCUCUGGCUCUCCAUCAUCUCCGGCCCCCGCUUCUCCCGCCGCCACGCCCGCCUCCACGCCGGCUCCGGGGCCUCCGGCGUCGUGCUCCGCCGCACCCCCUCGGACCACCAGUUCCUGCCGCUGGGGGGCGGCGGCGGCGGCGGCGGCGGCGAUGAUCCCCUAUCUGGGUUCCCGUUCAAAUGCCUCGAUUUCGCCCCCGACCCCGCGGGCCUGAAGAUCCUGCAGUCCUGCGGCGGGCUGCUCCUGUGCUGCAGCUUCCGUAAGAUCGGGUGUAGGCGUAAUUACUACGUCUUUAAUCCGACGACGGGGCAGUUCGCGAUGCUUCCCCAGCUCGGGGGUGCUUCCUCCUGUGCAACUACUGUUUAUGGAGUGAGUUUGGCCUUCGACCCUUUUAAAUCGUCCUACUAUGACGUCGUCUGCGUUCGAAGCACCGUCGAAUCCGCGUACUAUUAUCAAAUUGAGAUUUACUCGUCUCGCGACCGCGUAUGGAGGCUUUCUGGGUCUCCUUUCGUCGCUCCGUUCGAUAUGGUGUUCGACAAUGGCGUCUUUUGGAAUGGUGGGGUUCAUUGGAUUAGCCCAACGGGGGCUUCCCUAUGCUUCGAUGUUGAGAAAGAGCAGUUUGGGACGAUGCCAAGGCUUCCCAUUUCAGAGAAUCGGGGGUGUAGGAGGUUCAGGUAUUUUGGGGAGUCUCGUGGGCAUUUGCAUUUUUUUGAGAUUUAUGGGUCACGGACUGCUCAAUUUAAGAUUUUUGAGUUGGAGAAGGAUUAUUCUGGGUGGUUUGUUAAAUACCAUGUGGAACUUGAUUCUAUCGUGACUGCUUUCCCAGAGGUGGUGCGCGAUUACAUGGAUCCGGUCUAUAUGAAUUACUAUGCGAUUGUUAUGCUUCAUCUGGUCAGAGAAGGGAACAAUGAGGAGUCAUCGCUGUUAGUUCAUUUGCCAGGUAAAAUCUUGACAUAUAAUGUUGGUGACAAGACUUUCAGGAAGCUUUAUGAGAUGUCGGCUGAUCAAUCUAAAGGGUAUGGCUCAUUACAAUAUGGGUGGGUUGAUGCUUAUGAAUUUAUUGAGACAUUAGCUCCCGUUUGA